AUGGUAAUAGCGAACCUACUACGUAGCCUUAGUAACACGAUCUCUGGAAUCAAACCCUCCGCGGUCCGACGGGCGGUAAAUACGGUUAUUAUCCCAACUAUCUUCUACGGAAUCGAAGCAUGGCUCCUAGAUGACGCCGCUGCUGCUGGACGCGGUCGGCUCUCCCAGAUCACUCGAACAAGAAUCAUAGCUAUCCAAAGCUGCCUGAAUACAGCAUGCCGCGCUAUACUACCGGUCUGGAAAACGACCCCCCAGGUCUACAUGUGGCGCGAAGCUGGGAUUCCCGCCGCCGAGGAUCUAAUACGAGCAGCCCGCUCAAGGAUCUCGCUACGAAUUGCUACCCUAGACCGAAGACACCCUAUUCGCGAAAGACUAGACGAUUUCGAACGAAGAUGUGCUCUAGAUGCACAUCCUGAGAUCCAUCGCUUUGUCAUGUCAAGACAUAUCAGAUUACUUGGACUAUCCGCCCUACAUAAGGAUAUCCCAAGUGUACCCCUGAUCCCCAGAAGGUACAACACUAAUAUCACUACUAUACUCAACAAAUAUAUAAAGGAUAUCGAAACCAAACUCCAUCUCCAGUGGCUCGAGUCUCGACCGGAAGGCUAUAUUGUAUACUCCGACGGCUCGAAACUAGAGGACAGACGUGCGGGCUAUGGGUUCGUCGUCUACAAGGAUAGUAUACAGAUCGACUCGGGGUCCCGGCAGCUUGACCACAGGGAGGUGUUCGACGCCGAGAUCUCUGGAGCACUCAAAGGCCUGAAACAGGCGAUGGCGCACAAUCUCGAGCGACUUCCGGUCACUAUCUGCAUCGACAAUUCAUCAGUAGUGAGAGGGAUAGGGGGUACUGCUCCUAUGUCAUCACAGGCACAAUUCCGCGCAUUCCAAGCUAUCGGCGACGAGCACCCACGGCUUAUCACGGUUCGCUGGACCCCAGGAUAUAAAGAUAUCCCUGGAAACGAAGCCGCAGACAGCCUGGCAAAGGCCGGCGCAGCUCUCCCCGUACGAGACCUCACAGCGUCCGUCUCACAACGGCGCCGUGAAGCACGCGCAACGCUGGCUUUGCUCUUCAAAGAAUGGUGGGAAGGGGUAGACAAGCAUGCCUACCUCGACCGUAAGAUCGAUCUCAAAGGAGACCUCCUGAAGCUUCCGGAGCUCGAAAUGCCUCGCAUACAGCUAAGGCAUCUCCUCGCUGCCCGAACCACACACGGCGACUUCGCCGACUACCAUAUACGCUUCCACCACCACGAUGCGUCUCUUGAAUGCAGCUGUGGGAGGGAAAGAUCUCCCACACACCUGUUCUACUGCCGAAAGGUUCCGGUAGGCUUGAGAGCUCGGCUGUCACCCGAUCCUCAAAGCACUAUAGGCCGUUUCCUCGGUUCGCAGUAUAAGGUAUUCAAUCGCAUCGCGGGUGUGUACUUCAAGCACAUCUGCGCACAGUGGUGCUAA